ACCAGGUUGUCUCGAAGCAUCUCGAACUUAUUACUUUACAACCAUCUUUCCUUUGCUUUUCAGAAAUUUCGCUUCUGUGGAGAGGGUGAUUGUCCAGAUUGGGUUCUUGCCGAAAUUCAUUCCAAUUUGGCAAUACUCAGUUCGGAUCAGCUAAAAGAGGUCGCUCACCAUGUAGCAAAAUGUAUCGUCGGAGAAGAGGUUCCGGAAGACAAAGUUCGUGCUAUUUUUGGCGUCACGAAAGGAUCGAUGGACACCCCAAAGGCGGCUUUUGCUUGCAUCCGUUUUCUGUUGGUAAGUGCUGCUCGUUUUAAUACUGAAAGUUCCGUAUUUUGCACUGAGCUUCAACAGUUGGGCUUACCCAAGGAUCACACUACGGUUAUGUGUCAAGUGCUAGAGGAUUAUGUCAGCCAGAUUCGUUCCACGCUGCGUCAGUCUAGUCUGACGAUAAAUGAAUUAGAAAGUGUAACGAGUACUAUACCGGAAAAUACAAUUGAUUGCGUUCAGCUUCAGUUUGGAAUCAAAAAUGAAAUUAUAAAUGGGGUUCCCCAGCGAACCACCCACGCAGUCAAUGUUAAUCGUAGUGACAUUCCCAUUCUACUCAAAGAACUGAAAUCAAUCAAGUCCAUAAUUGAUGGGUAUGACUAUGAAUCUAAACAUAAUGAAAUGAAAUAAUGUUGCCUAUAAAUUUGAAUCUUUUUUCAAUUAGUAUCAAUCAAUAACGGUCAUUACAUCAUGCAAACGAAAUAUUCUAGACUUUAUGAA